UUUUUAAGUGGAUUUGCUUUACCUCUGGACGCAGCGGACAGUACCACCAGUUUUGACAAAAGUGGACCUGUUAUACUUCAGAUCGAAACUGACAUAACUACUACUAGUUUUGACAAAAGUGGAUCUGCUUUACUUCGGAUUGACGCUGCCAUUACCACUAGUUUUGACAAAUGUGGAUCUGCUUUACUUCGGAUUGCCGUUGACAUUACAAGUUUAGACAAAAGAGGAUCUGCCUUACUUCGGAUUGCCGCUGCCAUUACCACAAGUUCAGACAAAAAUGGAACUGCUUUACUUCGGAUUACUGCUGUCAUUACCUCUAAUUUUGACAAAGGUGGAUCUGUUUACUUCGGAAUUUCGCUGUCAUUACCACAAGUUCAGACAAAAGUGCAUCUAGUUUACUUCGGAUUGCCGCUGACAUUACCACAAGUUCAGACAAAAGUGGAUCUGGUUUACUUCGGAUGCCGCUGACAUUACCACAAGUUCAGACAAAGGUGGAUCUGCUUUAUUUCGGAUUGCCGCUGUCAUUACCACAAGUUCAGACAAAAGUGGCUCUGGUUUACUUUGGAAUGCCGCUGUCAUUACCACUAGUUUGGUCUAGGUCUACUACAGGUUGCUGUGGACAGUAAAGUGAUAUAAAUAAUUCGAUUUUUUGUCAGUACCUGACCUGUGUAAGAUGAGGUCUGCUGUCUAUCUACUGGUGAUCAUCCAGGCUGCGUCGGGUACAGCUGCACAAGGACCAGGAUCAAGUUGUCACUACAAGAAUGGAUGCAGUCCUUCUUCUCCCGACGUGUGUUCAGUGCCUCCUCCAGCUUGUCACACAGACUGGUCUGGAACGUUUUGUCAGAUACAUAACAUCGCAAAUGAUAACAUCGCACAUGGUAAACCUGCCAGUCAGAGCAGCACAUGGACAGACAAUACCGGUACAUAUAAUGCCAGUAGAGCUGUUGACGGGAAUGUCAGCACAGACUGGAACAGUGGUAGUUGUUCACAUACAGACGAACAGGGUGGUGGGAAUGCCAACUGGCAUAUUUUUCUUGGUGGGACGUACCUAAUCAGCCGGAUCACAAUCUAUCUCCGUAGUAACGCCAUUGACAAAUAUCAAGCAAUGGAAGUAUUGGUCAACAACAGGACAUGUCGAAAGCUACCUGUGACAGACAUCAGAGAUUCUCUAGCUCAUCUGAUAAGUAACCCUGUGACACUCAGCUGUAUACAACCUAUAGAGGGCGACACUGUAACCAUUGAAAUGGCGGGGCCUUGGUUGGCACUCUGUGAGGUGCAGGUGUUUGGCGAGAAGAAAGUGUCAUGCCACUGCUCUAAUGGCUGCUCAGAUUUCCCCAACACUCCAUGUUCAGCCCCUUCAACGGGCCCAGUUUGCAUACCACCAUGGUUCGGAAGCUUUUGCCAGAUGGAAAACAUUGCCUUUCAAAGGACAGCAACACAGAGUUGCAGUUAUAGUGGAGGCGGCAUCCCCUACUGUGCUGCGUAUGCUGUAGAUGGGAACACUGACACAGACUUCAGUCACAGGAGUUGUUCUAACACAAACAACGCAGGUGCCAGCUGGCAGGUUCUCCUUGAUGAUCAUCAGAUGUUCAACAUCAGCAGCAUCAGGAUCUACCUGCGAAGCGACCUUUGGGACCGCAACGAUGGCCUGCAGGUGCUUGUGAACGGCGACCCGUGUGUCCCUGUGAGUGGAACACCUGACUGGUUACAUGGACCUGUCACAAACCCUGUUGACGUCACAUGUACCCACGUAAUGAAGGGGAACAAUGUUACCAUCACCAGAAGCGGGACAUUUCUGGCAUUGUGCGAGGUUCAAGUUUUUAUUUGCGGUGAUGGAUGGUUUGGGGAGAACUGUGAGAGGCAGUGUCAGUGUCUAAAUACAUCUGAAGUAUGUGACAAGGAGACCGGAUAUUGCAGAAGUGGGUGUGCUGCUGGGAAACAAGGACAAGGGUGUCAGAACCCAGUUUGUAACGAUAGAUUCUUUGGCUCUAACUGUAGCCAGCAGUGCCAGUGUCUAGAUCUAUCUGAAGUAUGUGACAAGGAGACUGGCUACUGUAGGAGUGGAUGUGCUGCUGGGAAACAAGGACCAGGGUGUCAGCAACACUGUGACCAUGGUCACUACGGGGUCAGCUGUUCCUACACGUGUGGUCAGUGUACUGGGUCAUCUGAUUGUCAGAAGGUUAAUGGAACCUGCACACAGGGAUGUCAACAGGGUUACAGCCCCCCUUUGUGUAAAGUGUGCAGUGAUGGCUGGUUUGGCACCAACUGUAGUGAGCAGUGCAAGUGUCAGAAUGAAACAGAAGUAUGCGACAAGACCACAGGGAACUGUACAAGUGGCUGCCGUGCUGGGAAGACAGGGGUUGGAUGCCAGGAUGAUUGUGACCAGGGUCAGUAUGGGAUCAACUGUUCCUCCACGUGUGGUCAGUGUAGCGGGUCGCCCGACUGUGAUAAGGAUGAUGGAAAUUGCACACAGGGAUGCCAAACAGGUUACCUCCUUCCUUUGUGUAAAGACUGUGUAGAAGGACGCUACGGUGUUAAUUGUUCACAACAAUGUGGCUCGUGUAAAGAUGGCUCACCGUGCAAUACAACUUCUGGUGUCUGUGAGCUGGGAUGUGCAGAUAACUUUGAAGAACCACAUUGUGAAUUUUGCAAUGAUUGGUGGUUUGGCAACAACUGUAGUGAACAGUGCAAGUGUCAGAAUGAAACAGAAGUAUGCGACAAGACCACCGGGAACUGUACAAGUGGCUGCCGUGCUGGGAAGACAGGGGUUGGAUGCCAGGAUGAUUGUGUCCAGGGUCAGUAUGGGAUCAACUGUUCCUCCACGUGUGGUCAGUGUAGCGGGUCGUCCGACUGUAAGAAGGAUGAUGGACACUGCACACAGGGAUGCCAAACAGGUUACCCGCCCCCUUUGUGUAAAGACUGUGUAGAAGGACGCUACGGUGUUAACUGUUCACAACAAUGUGGCUCGUGUAAAGAUGACUCACCGUGCAAUACAACUACUGGUGUCUGUGUGCUGGGAUGUGCAGAUAACUUUGAAGAACCAUAUUGUGAAUUGUGCAGCGAUAGGUGGUUUGGGACUAACUGUAGUGAGCAGUGCAGGUGUCAAAAUACAACAGAAGUAUGCAACAAGACCACAGGGAACUGUACAAGUGGCUGCCGUGCUGGGAAGACAGGGGUUCGAUGCCAGGAUGAUUGUGGCCAGGGUCAGUAUGGGAUCAACUGUUCCUCCACGUGUGGUCUGUGUAGCGGGUCGUCCGACUGUAAUAAGGAUGAUGGACACUGCACACUGGGAUGUCAACAGGGUUACAGUUCCCCUUUGUGUAAAGAAUGCGUACAAGGGAGUUAUGGAACCAACUGCACCUCCCUCUGUGGUCACUGCAAGGAUGGACAAACGUGUAACAGCAUGACCGGCCAUUGUCAAAACGGAUGUCAAGUAGGAUAUGAAAAACCAUUCUGCUCUCAGGGAUGUUUCAACAAGACCUACGGUCAGGAUUGCAGUUCGUCCUGUGGUAGAUGUCUAAACUGGACAUGCAGUAACACAGACGGGACUUGUGUACAUGGAUGUGAGCCGGGAUUUGAGGGGGAUCUGUGCGUGACAGAAUCACAAACGGGCAACAAGGAAGGCGGCGCUCAGUCGUUGACUGGACUUAUUGUCGGUGUCGUUGUAGGGGUGCUUUCAGCUGCCGUCGUUGUCGCUGUGCUGGUUUAUAUACGACGAAGACGGAGUUUACAGAAAUCCCACACGGAAGACCAACCAGAGGAAGAUACAACUGAGAGUUCCUUCAGUGCCGUGUCCAGCGACAGGACAGCAUCCCCAUCCUCCAAAUCAGCGAAGCCGGUUAAGCCAUCAAAGAAACCAAGAUCCCCUGCAAACCACGUGUACGAGAACUCGGACACAUUAUAUAACGUCUCCCCAACCCCCGUACCCCUGGAGAGACUCAGACAGUACAUCGGACAAAGAGUGGGAGGUGCGGGAUUCGAACAAGAGUACAAGCUGCUACGUCAUGGACUGGCUAAAGAGCACAAGGAGGGUCUGAAACCUGAAAAUAAGAAGAGAAACAGAUUCCUGGCUCUGUUUCCAUAUGAUGAGAGCCGCGUUGUCCUGGCCCCUGAUGGAGACGCUACUUGCGACUACAUCCACGCCAGCUAUGUCCAGGGCUUCCACGAAGAAAAGGUUUUCAUAGCUGCUCAAGGUCCAAAUAGUGUAACCGUGAAUGACUUCUGGAGAAUGAUAUGGCAAGAAAACGUGUCACAGAUCGUCAUGCUGACCAGAGUAAUGGAAGUGAACAGGAAAAAGUGUGAGCAGUACUGGCCAGAUGGCACGAGGGAUAAGAAGUGUGGAAACAUUGUUAUCAAGCCACUCCUAUCAACUGUCAGGGCGGAUUUCACCAUCAGGAAAUUCCUGGUUCAGCACUCCAAGACGCCCUCAGACAAGAGGACAGUGACCCAGCUCCACUUCACGUCUUGGCCUGACCAUGAUGUUCCAUCAGCACCGGCUCUGGUUGGCUUCUGGAAGCAGUACAGGAGUCUGACGUCAUCAGAGGAGGAUAUUACUGGACCUGUGGUAAUCCACUGCAGUGCUGGCGUUGGCCGGACGGGAACGUUCAUUGCUCUGGACAACCUCUUUGAUGAAGCCGAGUCUCUGAACAAAGUGAACGUGUUCGCAUGUGUGUCCAAGUUGAGGGAAGCCAGGGUGAACAUGGUGCAGACUGUGGAACAGUACCGUUUUGUGCAUGAGUCUGUCAUGGAAGCCAUCGACAGUCGGGGAACUUUCUUCACCUUGUCCGACUUCGAGGGAAAGUUUGGUACCGGUCUGAAAUACUCCAGACAACAGGACAUAGAGAUGAACAGACAGUUUCAGUCUCUUGAAUCCGUGAAGAUGGAGAUCCCAGAGAAGCUGGUAUCUGAUGCUUAUCUUCCAGCAAAUGUUGGCAAAAACAGAAACAAGAAUAUUGUCCCCGCCAACAGAGGUCGGCCUUUUCUCUCAACUCCUGUCGCAGACCACAACGAUUACAUCAACGCCGUUAUACUUCCAUCGGCAACACAACCCUUGGGUUUGAUAGCAACCCAGACCCCGCUAAAAGAUACUGUUGUAGACUUCUGGAGGUUGGUCUUUGACCAUGACUGUUUCACCAUCGUCUGUCUGGAAGAUGAGGGGGAGAAUCAGGCCAUAUAUCCAAGAAAGAAUGAGUCGUUGAACAUAGGACCGUUCCGCCUCACCACACUGAAGGAAGACACAUCACGAGACAGUUUCACUGAGAUGGAGCUUAACCUGGCUCUCAGAGAACAGGAUAACACACUCCACCAGAUCCGUGUGUUCAAAGUGAGAUCCCAGAUCCCCGGGCCUACAGAACCGAUGCUAGAGUUUGUGAAUGAGAUUGGAAGAAAAGGCAGUUCUGAAGAACACAAUACUCUUGUACACUGCCUCGACGGUGCCCGACUGUGUGGAGUGUUCUGUAGUGUCCUCAACAUCAUGAGCAGACUGAGACUGGACAAAGAGGUGGACAUCUACCUGACCAUCCGAGAACUUCAGUGUAUCAGACCCCAAUUCAUCCAGUCGUAUGAUCAGUACAAGUUCUGCUACGACUUGGUGAAGGAGUACCUGCGAGAUACCUGCAUGUACGCUAACAUGUAAUCAGAGAACCAACACGUAUGGCUGAAUGAAGGACAUUACUUCCGUCAUGGCCAUCAUCUGUUAUAGCGAUGAUGAUAUACUGAGUUCCAUUGACUCAAACCAUUUUAUUUUGUACAUUAUGUUACAUUCUUGUAGCAAUAUUUUGAGAUGAAUUUUUUCUGACAACUUCACAAAAAUAAUAAUUUUCGCAAUGUUUCAUGAAUUUUUGUAUGACAUUGUACACAACGUAUCUAUGUAGUCAAUAGUACUCUUGCUGUAAUCAUAUCAUCUAUCAAAGUGCACUUGUUCAUUGUACAUUCAUACUAUCCUGUCCCACUGGCUUUGGCGUUAUAGUGUUAUCUUUGUACAUUGACCCUAUCUCAUUUUCUAUCAUUGUUCAUUAAUCCUGUAUCACUGACUUUGUCAAUUCAUUGUUGGCUUUCUUUAUUACUUUCACCUUGUAAAUAUAAACAUGAACUCAUCAUUAACUUGA